GCGUGUUUUCCUCCGGUAAUGAAGACGAAGAAGUGGGACUAACAUGGACAGAACCAGGAGGUAGAAGCUGCUCAGACACAAAGAGACUAAACACCGGGGCUGUUCCCUGAGUAACUGCGGUGGUUUGAUGAGCAGAAAUAGUUAUUCCCUCCUUCAUACGUGGCUUCAUUUGGAAGCACCAGUACGGACAUGUCAGUGGAGUGCUCCCUGUCACCUCCUCCACCACCUCCACCUGCUCCUCCUCCUCCUCCUCCAGCCCCAGCAGAUAGUAAGAAGAAGCUGUAUCAGACCAUAGCCAGCAGCAGGAGACCAGUGGAGGGAGACCACACCGAGGCCUGCUCACUGCUCAGCCAGAGGGACAGCAGUUUUAGGAAGGACCUGCAGUGGAUCCUGGUGAACACAUACGUGCCUUCUCUCAUCCAGGAUGGUCCUCAGUGUGGUCUGGUGGCUUUGUGGAUGGCUGCUCACCUCCGGCAGCCGCGACUGAGUGUCGACAUGGAGGCCGUGGUUCAGACGGCACUGAGCAGAGGAUACACAGCGCAGGGUGAAAUGUUUUCAGCCAACAACAUGGCCCUCCUGGCAGAAGAGGUUUGCAGCUGUAAGGCCGAGCUGCUGUCUGGAGGUUUGAGUGGUGACAAUGCUGCAGCUGUCAUCACACAUCUGUGGGGGAGACAGCCCGUUCUCCUCCCAUACGAUGAGGACUACAACCACGAGCCGUGCCAGCGCAGUGGCCACAGGGCGCACUGGGCCGUCGCCUCAGGAGUUCUCCUCGGGUUGGAUCAGGGGAGUGUGAGCAGUAGUGGCGCCCAGCCUGAUCCCAGUCUUCCCUGGCUUCACAUGCCCAGCGACACCAGUUCCCCUUGUCCCGUCCGCAGCAUGGGGCUCAGAGAGGUUUACGUCCUGGCUAAGCAGGGUAAAAGCCUGCGCUACCAGCUGUGGAGCCUGGACAGCGUAGCUCAGAGCAACGAGCAGCUGAGGACGAUGGACCCUCACAGAGCCAGUGACGGGAUCCGGUAUGUGGUUCCCAGCGGAGACGUGGAGGCUGGGCUGGCUGGACAGGCGGUGCUGCUGCACACGAGGACACAGGGGCAGUAAUAAGUGUUUGCUGCAAUUGAGAACGUGCAGGGAACAAUUCAAAGUAAUAAUGAGAAGCUGAGGGGCAUCACAGUGGGUUCUUAUGAUGCAAUAUGACUGAACCUACAGUAAAUUUACAGGGCUGUGAAAAAUUCUUUAAAGCUGAGUUUCACACUGUAAAUAUACUGUAUUUGGCACAAUACUGAUGCAGCAUGGUUGUUGCGUCUACUAGUGAUGGGUGCUAUGAGAACAUUUAGAGUAAAAUACUAUUUUAAAAAAAACUCAGGGAGAUUUCUCUUCGUAUAAGGCCUCAGUGGAAAAUGUGGGUAAAUUAUAAGUAAUAUAAAGAUGAAUGAGAGGCUCUCGAAAUGCUGUUUGUCCUAAAGAACACAUUAACUCUGUGUUACCUCAUUAAUGUUCAGCAAAAAAUCUGAUCAUGAUCUCCGUAUGAAGUGCCUGUGGUGUAAACAUGAGGUGUCUGUUAUUUAUUGACCUGAAUAGCACAUGACAUUAUAUAUUAAUUACACAAUGCAAAGCUCACAGUGGUGCAGGCUCUGCUUUGAUCCUAUGCAGAAGCCGUGUCUGACACAUGCUCUAAGUGGUUCACUAGUUACAAAAGAAUGUAGCUGACCGAUAUGAGAUAAAUAAUGUGUGUUUUGAACAUGACAGCAUGUAAAGCUGUUCAAGUAGACCUCCCAAAUUAAAAUGUGAAAUUAUGACAAUGCAAAUGGACAAAAUAUGAGUAUUUUAAUCACAAUUAUAAAUUACAUAUAAUGUGAAAAGACUUGUUACACACCCAUAGACCAGAACAACUGAAUUUUAACUAAGAAACUGCUGCUGUUUUUAUGGAGAAUUACAUGUUUGUGUUGCAGGUUUACAACAUGAUGAAAUCAUCACAGAGUGAAUGUGAUAUUUAUACAAUAAAUGGUUUUAACUAGGA